AUGCGCGUGGACAUGGAGGCGGAGGCCAACGCUGCGCCUUUCAAGCGCUUCUUUGAACGUCUGCGCGAAGACGUGCCAGACUAUGAGUUCAACGACAAGAUCCCGCCAUUCCACUCCAGCUACCACAACUGGCACUUCUUUGGCAGGCGGAAGACUACCACAAGCCCACGCACCGGCUCCUCCCGACCUUCGAGCAUACGCACCCGAUCCGACUACGAUGUCAACACCGACGAGGAGAAAGAGAAGGACGUUUGGGUUGUAGGGCGCGUGGGGAAACAAGUGCUGCGUUUGGAGCGCGAGUUCAAGCUAGCCCAGACAUUGUCUCGCCAAGCGGCAGACUCGCAGCGCUUCGUGAAGCCUCUGGACUUCUAUCGACUCCCUGCGAGACAGCCGGGGGAGGAGGUACUGGGCGUGAGUGUGGUGGAGGCUCCAGGGCGAGACUACCUGAGAGAGCUGGUCGAGUUUGGCCCCAAUUUCUACGCCGGUACACCGGACUCACCACAGGUGCAAACCCACGGGCAAAUUCAGCUCUUGACCUUUCUCAACUUUGCCAUAGGUGCGCUUGAAUGCCUUGAGAUUCUCCAUCACGGAGCGGAAUUGGUCCAUGGCGAGAUCAGGGGGGACGCCUUCCACUACAACCGCGAGACUGGCGUCGUACGCAUGAUCAAUUUUGGUUCCGGGGCAAGAUCUUUUGAACACGGUCUGAGUUCGGCCAAUUGGUCCAUGAUCAUGGCUCAAAAGGGCGUGGAGCAUAGAUUGCAGUUCAUUGCUCCAGAACAGACCGGCCGGCUACCUGCAGAACCAGAUGCCAGGACCGACAUCUAUUCAUUAGGGAUUCUUCUCUGGAGCAUGCUUACCGGACAGGCGCCAUUUGAGGGCAAAACGCCUUUGGACAUCAUGCAGAAUGUCUUGUCGCGACGCAUACCUGCGGUCUCAUCUAUCAGGACCGAUGUGCCAGACCCUGUCUCCCGAUGCGUCCAGAAGAUGACCGCAAGGAAUAUGGAUGAUCGCUACAAUUCGACUUCUGGGAUCAAAUAUGAUAUGCAACAACUGAGGAAGAUCUUAGUCGAAGGGGACCAAGACGCUCUACAGAAGUUCAGAAUCGCCACAACAGACGUGCCCUGCUUCUGGAAUCUCCCAUCACAGCUCGUGGGCCGUGAAGAGCAACGAAAGACAAUCGUUGGCGUGAUUGAGAAGGCUGCAAGUAGCUCAGCUCGUAGUGCACCAAUUACCCGGAUGGGUUUGAGGAAUAUCAGCUCCAGCUCAUCCACCAUGUCUGGCGACCGCGAGCAGAUGAUCCUCGACGACGGCCCAACGAGCGACAGCGCAUCUUCAACCGAUCACCGCGGGCGAGAUGAUUCACGGCUGAUGUCCAUACCGGAAAUCUACCCCGCGGACACCACACGACGCACUCCUUCACAAGAACCUUUGGCCAGGAAUGCAAGCUUCGAUUCUUGUGCAACCUCCACAGUGGAUGCGCUCGAUGCGGAAGCUUCACUCGACAGUCGAGGAUCGAUUCACAACAACGCGGACAGCCUACACAAAACAUCUGCAAGCCUUCAAAUCAACAGUCUGAACAGCAGCGAGCCCGGCUCAUUGCUUCGAGCCGCACAGAAGUUGAAACGAAAGGGCCGGACCGAGCUGAUUGGUAUUUGUGGCAAGGCGGGCUAUGGAAAGUCCGCUCUGGUGCAGAACAUCCAGGCGACGGCCCGCAGACACGGCUACUUCACGUCGGCUAAGUUCGAUCAAGUCCGGACAUCGCCAUUUGAUGCGGUAGUUCGUAUCAUGUCUUCUCUGUUUCGCCAAAUCUUCUCAGAGAAUGACAUCAACACGCCGUUCCACGAGAAUAUUAGGACAUUCGUCAAACCCUUCUGGGGCGUACUACACGCGUAUCUUGAGCUUCCUUUGUGGCUGCUUGCACCCACAGCGAACGGCAAGAGUCAGCACGUGCCGUCAAGUGCAUCCACGUUGCAGAAUGGCUAUGUGGGCUCAUUGCCUGAGCGGAAGACCUGCAAUGCCGCCAGCACUCAGGAAUGGUUGCGCUCUGGCGGAUCGAACAAGUCUUCUCGCUUCCUGCACAUUUUCCUGGACGUUCUGCGCCUUUUAGCCAUCCAGAAAUUUGUCUGCUUCUGCUUGGACGACCUACAGUUUGCCGACUCCGAGAGCCUUGAACUUAUCGAUGCCAUUGUCAAAGCACAUAUACCACUGGUCCUUAUACUGACCUAUCGCGACACAGACGAGCUCACCCCAGCCAUGCGCAAAAUGCUGGACCGAGCUACGACUGUCGAGGUUGGUGCAUUCACGGACGACGACACGGCGAAGUUUAUCUCCGAAACCUUGCAUCGGCCCCAGGAAUACUGUAACCCGCUCGUUGCUGUUGUCCAAGAGAAGACGCAAGGGAACCCCUUCUUCGUACGAGAGAUGCUCGACUCUGCAUAUCGCACGAAAUGCAUAUACUACUGUUGGAAACACUCUGCGUGGGAAUAUAGCCUCGAUAAGCUAUUCGAAGAAUUCUCGAGCCCCGAUUCUGCCAAAUUCUCCACAAACGACUUCAUAACACGGAGGAUGCGUGAAUUGCCCGGAGAUGCCCAGGCGCUGCUUGCAUGGGCUGCGCUGAUUGGAAACAGCUUCAACUUCAACACAAUCAAGCGUGUAAUGAGCUGCGCGUGCUCGCAGUUGGUCCCUCAGCCACUAAUACCACCGAUCUCCAAGGACGCCGUUCAAGGUCUUCAGACUGCGCUAUCAUCGUUCGUCAUUAUGCCCACAGAUGUAAGUUAAGAGCACGACGGUACAGCGUCUUCGCACAGCCGAAGGUCAUGUCGACGGCUGCUACCGCUGAUAUGACACUGUCCGACCCAUCGUGGCCCUCGCUUUUGCUUGGAUUACGGGGAGGACAGUACCCUUCCACUGUGGACAGACGUUGUAUAGCAAUCGGCGCAGUGCUAAUUGUGUGUUCGCAGGAGGAAGACAGAUUCAAAUUUUCACACGAUCGAUAUGUCGCGGCAGCCGGGGCUCUUUGCGAUCAAUUCGACAGAACGGAGAUGCACUAUGUGGUUGCCUGUUCUAUGAUGAAACACGAGCCAUAUGAUCCCAUCACUAAACCUAAUAAGCUUCUUUUCGAGCAAGCGCGGCAUGUGUGUGCCGGUAUAGAAGCCGUGAAGCGGCGGGCAGACAACAAGCCUGCUUUCCGAGACCUCCUGUAUCAGGCCGCUGAAACGGCGCGGGAGACUGGUGCCGGGACGUCCUGCUUGUUCUACUUCCAGCACUGCCUGGUCUUGCUUCCCGACAAUCCGUGGGACGACUCCGAAGGCGAUGCGAGGUACGCAGAAACGCUCACUUUAUUCACACGUGCUGCCGAAGCAUAUUGGUCUCGUGGGGCCUAUGACGAAGCAUCAGAGCUGCUGACAGACGUGUUUGAUCGCGCUCGAGAUGUCGUCGACAAGGCGCCCGCCGCAAUCAUCCAUAGUCGGAUGUACGCUCAAAAGGGUAACAGUCAAGCAGCCUUUGAUACUUUGAGAAGAGGGCUUGCAGAUUUGGGCCUGCAGGUGACGGAGACGACAUGGGAUGAGUGCGACGAAGAGUUUCAGCGUCUGUUCCCGCUCUUGAACAGCAGCCCUCCGGAUCUUACAAAGCUCGCCAGCCAACCCGCGGACAGAGUUUUGACCACUCUUGGUGCUUUGCUGGCAGAGCUUCAGUCUUCGGCGUAUUGGACUGACAGUCUGCUCUACUACCAGGCCACCCUGCUGAUUCUCAGGCUCUACAAAGAGCGCGAUGUCUUUCCGCAGCUGGCAUUGGGCUAUGUGUGCAUGGCUUCGAUUAUGAUCGGUCGCCUCAGCAUGAUCAAGGCGGCGAUGGAGUUUGGCGACAUUGCUCUAGAAAUGCUGACAUCCAUUGAGCAGGAGCAAUUUGUCGUGGGACGCUGCCAGACACUGCAUUCUGUGUUCCUUGGGCACAUCAGGGCUGCGUUCGCCGAGAACUUUGAUGGUCUGCAUCGUGGCCUUGGAGCUGCUUCGUCUGCUGGCGACCGCAUUCUCCAUCUGCUAAACCUUGGUAUCAUGGCAGCUUAUCGUCUAUGGUCAUCCGAGAACAUCGCGGACACGGAAGCUUUCAUUGUCUCCGUUGGAGAAGAGUUUCCGGAUUGGUCAGAAAAUCUGCGAGGCGGUGUAUUCUUGACUGGCGUUCGCCAAUAUAUUCGCGCUCUGGCUGGCAAGACGUACAGGCAAUCUGCACACGACGUACUAACAGACAGCAGCCAUUCGAGCGAGAACUACGAAAAUCACAUCGUGACACGAGCAUCCAGUCCGAACAGGCCUCUCAGCAUUUACCGGGUGUGCAAGCUGAUGGCGAUGUACCGGUUCGGAUAUUAUCAAGAGGCUAUGGCCUUUGGAGAAUCGCUCCUGCCAGCAACAGAAGGACUUUUGUGCAUGCGCUGGAGGUAUGCGGCUAUGUUCUAUCUCUCGUUGUCUAUCUUGGCCUGCAUUAGGGAGCAGCCAAGCCGACCCGACAGGCAAGAACUCUUGCAGAAGGUCUCCGCCUGCCGUGCUCACAUUGAAGUGGUUGCGAGCGUAAAUCCAGCCAAUUACGUGGUCAUGCUUCAACUGCUCGCCGCCGAGGCUGCAGACCUCGAACAGAAAUAUGGAGGAGUCCUUCAAGCGUACGAAGCCGCGAUUGAUCACGCCGUCCUCCAUUCCAACGAUCUCGAUGAAUCGCUCAGUUUGGAGCUUUACGCCGACUGGCUUGUCCGAAGAGGAGCCGCUCGGCCAGCGCGUGGAAUCCUUCUAGACUGCAUCUCUGCUUACCGCCGGGUCGGGGCUUUUGGGAAAGCAUCUCAGGUUGGGGAAAAGUACGCAUUCUUGCUGUACGGCACGAGAAGUCUCGCUACUGUUGAUGCCGGCACGCAAACUACAAUGGAUCCCAGCCCCGGGCCUUCGUACGCCGACAGAUUGGAAAGGAUUGCCAGCCAUCAAGUGGCUCAAACGCCGGCUGAUAGGACGGUCGCGUGGCUUGAUCCGCAGACCAACUCACUGAGUUCGCAACACAAGGACAUGCCAGCUGCGCUUUCUUCGGCCGUCGGAUUGGAUAUGAUUGAUCUCGCCGGUAUACUGGAGUCGUCACAGCUGCUAUCCUCGGAGCUCCAGGUUGACAAGCUCCUGACGAAAUUGACGAAAAUCAUUGUCGAUUCUACUGGCGCAGAGCUUGUUGGCCUCGUGGUCGAGGACGAUCACAACGAAUGGUGUGUUGCUUCAGUGGGCACGCCUGAGGGCAUUCAGGCCCCUGAGUCGGGCGUUCUCCUGAGCGAGACCAAAGAUCAAGUCGCAAAGCAAGUUACGCUCUACGUGCUGCGGUUCAAGGAGCAGGUGUUCCUACGAAACGUACUCGAUGACGAGCGAUUCUCGAAUGUCCCAGAGUCGUGGCUGGAACGAAAUCCGGAGGGGGCUUCAAUGAUCUCAAUACCGAUCCUGCAUGGCGACAAUGCGUUGCUUGGCAGUCUCUACUGUCAAGCGCCGCCCAACACAUUCACUGAACGCACGGUGACGCUGCUGAAAUUGCUUGUCAACCAGAUUGCAAUCUCCAUCGCUAAUGCGUUACUUUUCAGACGAGCGGAGAGGGUCUCGGCCAGCAACGCUUCCAUGCUCGAGGUGCAGAAGCAAGCCCUUGCGCAGGCUCGAGAUGCUGAGAAGAAGGCAAAGGCUGCCGAAGCGAAGGCAAUGGAGAUGGUGCGGCUGAAAGAUGAAGCGGCCAAGGCGAAAUCGAUGUUCCUCGCGAAUGUCUCCCAUGAGCUGCGGACGCCUUUGAAUGGUGUCAUUGGCAUGUCGGAGAUGCUCAAGGCAACGCAGCUCAGCAAGGAGCAAGAAGAACAUGCCGAUUCCAUCCGCGUCUGCGCCGACACACUUCUGAGCGUCAUCAACGACAUUCUGGAUUUCUCGAAGCUAGAGGCCGGCAAGAUGCAGGUGUUUAGCGUCCCGCUGUCGUUGACGGAGACGAUCAGUGAGGUGGUGAGGGCGCUGUCGUAUACCAACAUCGAGCGGAAUCUGGAGACGAUACAAGAGCUGGAACUCGAUCCUCACCUGGUCGUAAUGGGCGAUCCCGUUCGGUUGCAUCAGAUUCUGAUGAACCUCAUGUCCAAUGCCUACAAGUUCACCGCGAAGGGAAGGGUGACUGUGCGAGCGAAGGUCGAUUGGGAAGACGCGGAAAGCAUCAAGGUCACGGUGUCCGUCACCGACACAGGCAUUGGCGUCUCCGAAGAGCAGCAGAAGAAGCUCUUCUUGCCCUUCUCCCAGGCCGACUCGAGCACGGCGAGAAGCUAUGGCGGCACGGGUCUCGGGCUUUCCAUCUGCAAGGCCAUUCUCGAAAACGUCAUGCACGGUCAGAUCUGGCUGGAAAGUAAGCCGGGCGUGGGCACCACGGUGUCGUUCAGCCUGCCUUUUAAGAAAGUCCUGAAGAGCGACACGGACUCGGACGGCACGACGGCUCACGGUGGCCGAGAGGCGGACCCGAUGGCCAUCUUCACUCCCCCUGCUGUCGACGACGCUCCUGGCGCCCGAGCCAUCAUGAGCCUCCAGGGCGUCCCGCGCGAUCAACUGAAAGUGUGCAUCGCCGAGGACAACCCGAUCAACCAGAAGAUCGCCAUCAACUUCGUCAAGAAGCUCGGCUUCCACUGCGAAGCGUACGGCGACGGGCAACAGGCCGUCGACGCGCUCGCGCGCGCCAGCGCCGACGGCACGCCCUUCCACCUCGUCCUCAUGGACGUGCAGAUGCCCGUGCUGGACGGCUACAACGCGACGCGCGAGAUCCGCCGGCACGCGGACCCGCGCGUGCGCGAGAUCCUGGUCAUCGCCAUGACGGCCAGCGCCAUCCGCGGCGACCGCGAGAAGUGCCUCGAGGCCGGCAUGAACAAUUACCUCGCCAAGCCCGUGCGCGCGGAUACCCUCAAGCAGAUGCUCGAGUCGUACCUGCAUCAGCCCGCGCGCGCGAUCCCGAAUCUCCAGCAGGAGGCGAAUCUUCUCGUCAAUACGGUGGUUUCUCAAGCCGAUGAUGACGGUGAGGGUGAGAAGACGACUACGACGACGACUCCGGGGCAGGCCAAGGAGGACGCCAUGGCCGCGGCGGCCCGGAAACCCGCGGCGCAGGCACAGAUGCAGGCGCAGAUGCAGGCGGUGGAGCGGCAGGUGAAGGAAUUCCAUGUCCAGCAUCGGCCGGGCAUGUCGACGACGACGACGACGACGACGAAGACGAAUCACCUUGCCGUCCCCGGCGGGACAAUGAAUCCGAAUCCGAACUCGAAUCCGCAUCCGAACUCGAAUCCGCAUCCGAGUCAAUCGGGGGAAAUUUUCAAGGGGGGAGAAGAAUUCCCAGACGAGAAGUAA